AUGGAGGAGAUUACGGAGGCUGUCGGAAACAUCAACAUCGCCGAUGCUCACAAGAAGAAUAGGAUCCAGGUGUCGAACACGAAGAAGCCGCUCUUCUUCUAUGUCAACCUGGCUAAGGUAUGGGAAACGCAGACGCAAGGAUGCUCCCUGAAAGAUAUAUAUUCUUAUCUGGAUGUUUGUUUCUGAUUCAGACCUGUUUUUUCGUUGACCAUUGUAUCUUCAUUGUCCCGAAGUUUCAUGGAUGGGCUGGUAUACAUUUGGAGUGCGUUUCGUCGUUACAGAUGAUCUGUUUUGCUUUUAAACAUUAUUUGUUUCUUCUAUACCUUGUAGUUUUUUCCCUUUUCGUUCUUACUAUGAGCAUAUGUUCUCCUCGCAACCGUCUCCCUGUGGAACAGUAAUCUCAGGUGUGCUUGCUACUGUCACAGUAGAAUGCAGAUAUUUGUAUAUUUUAGUAAUUUAUUGAAUAUUAUGGUAUUCUUUGUGAUAUUUCUGUCUUUGUAACACCACGUCUGUUCUGCAGCGAUACAUGCAACAGCACAACGAGGUGGAGCUUUCUGCUUUGGGAAUGGGUACUAUUUCUUCUCCUAGACUUCGCACGGUCCAUUUUGAGUGGUUAAUGCCGAGAUGCUUUUUGUGAAGAUCAAGUUAUAUUUAUGCCUAUCAAACGACAACGUCAUUUGCAUGUCUGUUGAAAAUUGUGGUGUGCAUCAUAGGAGGCCUCGUAAUGAGAAAAUAUUAUAAUUAAAUAAUGAAAGAGUUUAAGAAGUUUUUCUCUAUCAUUUCAAUGUUUCAAUCAUCGGUGAAGCUUUGAUCAUGUCUGCACAUGUCUUGAUUCACAUCGAUUGAGCAGGUUUACUUUCAUCAUUUUUUUUGUUCUGCUUCUAAGGAAUUUUAUGUACCACGCCGAGAUGGGUCUCUUUGCAUGAACGAUCACAUUCCCAGAAUCAGGAAAUGUCGCUGCCGCAUAUUAGCCGAUUCUUAUCUUCCCCAGGGCCACCAAAGUAACUUUGAUGCCCACAGGAAGAUGUGUAUAAGAUGACGCAUAUUAUAAUUUUUUUGUCCAUGGAACCUUUUUGUUUCUUCGUAGAACCUUUUUUUGGCCGUGGAAAAUGAUUUGAUGAAUAUAUCCGUUCGUCAUCAAUAUUUUUCAUGUUGGUGUGUUUGCUAUACAAUUUCGUUUAAAAUCAUGUCAAGUUGACAAUUGGGGAACAAUCGGGAGGGACUUGUAGAUUAAAAUAUUAACCUUGAACACAUUCCUAUCUCUAAGACCAAUCUAACUGGGAAGCUGAUUAUAUGUGAAGGGGUAAUUUCUGGCUUAUGAAGAAAAAUUUUCAGGGCUUACGUCGUGAUAGCCGUCAUAAUUUUGAGCCUAAGUUAGAGAGGCUAAUGCCUUGUUUUACUGUUGGAAUAUAUUGUGUGGUAAGAGUUGGGACAGACGCCUGCAAAUUUGAGGUAAAUAUUUACCAUUUCUAUUGCUAGGGAUGAUUAGAAAGUGAUGAUCAGAUUCUAUGCAAGAAGCUUAGCGUGAUUUUUUCCCCAUGUCUCCUGUAUUAGAGAAGUCCAUGUUCUUGGAAACCAAUGUUUUUCUUGAAAUCGGAUAUUGAAAAUAUUGUAAUUCCAUGUCGACCUCCCUACAGUUAUUUACUUUAUUCUUAAUUUUUUGUUAGGCUUUGUUAUUCCUUCUCUUUGGGUGUAGCUCACGUUCAUUCUCUUAGUUUUUUCCUUCUUCGUCUGUAGAGUUUUGCAUUCAAUGUUUGGAGAUACUAGUAGAGAAUUAAUGCCACACUUCGAAACCCAUUAAUUUUUUCUAUUCGUUCAUCCCCUCCCCCCUGUAAAGUGAAUUCCACAUGGUUUUCUCUUCUGGAUUGAAUAGCAACCGCCUGAAGGGUUUUUGUGAACUACGAAACAGACAGUACACGGUUAAAAUAGUUCCAAGGAUAAUGAGUUCUUUUUCUCCCCGUAUUUCUUUUUUUUUCCCCUUUCAAUUUUCCUUCUUUCCUUGAUUUGCAUAUAUGGUCAAGUGCUAUGGAGAGUAGAUCCCUCAGAUCUUGCAGGAGUAACUGGCCCCAACGGGGCAAUGGCUUCGGCUUAGCCAGCUCACCCGUGAAUAAUGCAGUCGGUGGUUUGAAUUCCGUCUCUAGGGUCGUAGAUAGGCAGGAGAAAUAAAUUAGAACCAAAAUUAUUAGGUUUGGGACAUCCGAGUUCUAUUAUUAGAACUCCUGUCUGUGCUCAUAGUCAACCUUCUUCCUCCCUUUGACCUUGUCAAGGUUUCUUUCUCUUCCUGGCAACUGUAUACCAUUUACACUUCUCCAAGCUGCUCAAGAUCUCACAUAUUCUUUCUCUUUGUGAAAAUUCACAGCCAUUGCAACCGUCGUUACCAUUGCCGAGAUUCUGAAGAACAAUGGACUUGCUGUCGAGAAGAGUGGGUCUCCCCCCUUCCUUUUCUUCGAUGCCUCGUUUUUCUCUCUUCUUCUUAACCGUUGACUAAAACUCCUGCAGAGAUCACGACUUCCACUGUGGAGGUCAAAGAUGAAUCAAGAGGGCGACCCAUGCAGAAAGCCAAGGUCCGAUCCGACCUUUUUUUUUUUUGCCUUGUGAAAAUUCUCAGGAUCUAAAACCCUGCGUUUCGUGGGGUUUCUUUCUUUCAAUGUAGAUCGAGAUUCUGCUUGGCAAGACGGCGAACUUCGACGAGCUGAUGGCUGCGGCGGCGGAGGAGAGGGAAGCUGGAGAGGGCGAGGAGCAGAGCUGA